AUUCUUCCUUUUUUCUGCUCGUUCUGUUUCACUCAGUAUUUUACGAUACUGCACUGUAACGAGGAAUCCUGAUUCAUCGGCACCAUGAUUAUUUUCAAGGAGCUUAUAACCGACGAUGAGCUAUUUACAGACUCUUACAAAUUGAAGGAAGUAGAUGAUGGUAUAUUCAUUGAAGUGGAAUGCAAACUUUACACAGAAUGCACCAAAGUGGAUGAUGCAAUGUUUGGAGGGAACAAGUCUGCCGAAGCUAACGACGAGGAUGCUGAAGAUUCCUCCGUGAGCGGCAUCAACAUCGUCAUCCAAAACAGAUUACAAGAGGUAGGCGUCAGGAAGAAAGAAUAUCAGAGGUACCUAAAGCUUUAUGUGAGAAAACUUGUGGAUCACCUUACCCAGACAAAGCCAGAUUAUGUUGAUACAUUUAAGAAAAAAGUCCAGCCAGCGGUGAAGAGGAUUCUUGAAAACUUUGAUGAUUGGUCUUUCUACCGUGGGCAAACUGACAUCGAUUAUGAAAAUCGAAACGAGCCUGAGGGAAUGCUUUGCAUCUUGGGAUAUCGUGAAGAUCAAGUGACCCCCUAUAUGCUGUUUUUCAAAGAUGGACUUAUUGAAGAGAAAGUGUAACCAAGUCCAGACAAGAAUAUUAUCCAAAUGAAUCAAUAUUGCAUAAAACUUAUCAACCCUCUUUCCACUUGAAGUGGAAUUUUUACUUUGAACAAGUUGGAAUAAUUGUCAUCACAACGCUGUGUUGUACACAAGUGUUAUGUUCCUCUUUAAUUAGAUCUCGCCUCUUGCUCGUUUGUAACCUUUACAAAACCAUUGUAAAGGAGUGAAAAUUUUCUUGUCACAGGCAAUUAUUUUUAACACCAACAAUUGGGUGAAGGCAGAGAUUUCCCUUUCCGCAGAGUAAGAAUUUUAUUGCUUGUAGUAAUCCGUGAUUGGUUGAGUUGCUGAAAUGUACCGAAUGCAACAUACUUGUUUUCCAAGUGACAGGACAAAACAAUAAACAUGGCCAUUCUCAGUAUGA